AUGACGGUUACUGGAGCUGCGCAUGUGUUCACUCUAUCACAGGCCAGAUCGUCAUUGAUACCGUUGCUCGCUGGACGCAAAACAAAGUCUUUCAGGUGUACCCCCAUUCCGGCAAUGGCCACAGCAGAGGUGAAGCUCAGCCAGGACGAGCUGAAGAAGCAGGCUGCAUGGAAGGCAGUUGAGUAUGUAAAGAGCGGAAUGAAGCUGGGACUAGGAACGGGAUCCACAGCAGCGUUUGCUGUAGACAAGAUUGGGCAGUUGCUUAAAGAUGGCACUCUAACGGACAUUGUCGGCGUCCCAACAUCCAUCCGCACCUACGAGCAGGCCCUCAGUCUCGGAAUUCCGCUGGCCACUCUUGAUGAGGUGUCUGAGCUGGACCUCGCCAUCGAUGGUGCUGAUGAGGUGGACCCGAAUCUGCAUGUGGUGAAAGGCCGUGGAGGAGCCCUGCUGCGUGAAAAGAUGGUGGAGCUCGCCUCAAAGAAGUUUGUCUGCAUCGUGGACGAGUCAAAGCUCGUGCAGGGCCUGGGCGGCAGCAAAGAUGCGAUGCCAGUGGAGAUCGUGCAGUUCUGCUGGAAGUACAACCUCAAUCGGCUGCAGAAUCUGCCGGAGCUGGCCGGCGGCGUGGCCAAGCUGCGGAUGGACGGCGACAAGCCUUACGUGACAGACAACUCCAACUACAUUGUGGACCUGUACUUUGAGGAGCCCAUCAAGGACGCCCACGCCGCUGCCGAGGCCAUCAGCAAGCUGACAGGAGUCGUGGACCACGGCCUCUUCAUGGACAUGGUGGAUGUGUGCAUCGUUGCGCGCGCCAACGGCAUCGAGGUGCAGGAGAAGUGA